UUAUGUAAAGAAAUUGAUUGAAAAUCAAACCGAAGCUGAGGAAACAGUACAACUGUUAAAGGUGAGUUAAAUAUAAGAUCCAUAUUAAUUUCCUUCCCCGAAAAUAUUUGCAAUAAAAAAGAAAAAUGGUUGAUCAUAUUUUCUGCCACCGAACUAGUACUUUCAGGAAAUAAUUUUCUCCAGUGCUCCUAUUGCAUCAGCACCUAUUAAAACAGCAGAAACAAUAAUUCAAUUAUAUCUCCUGGCUUGUGGAAAACACCACGUAUAUUUUUUGUUGCUUUCCACAAGCCAAGAGAUAUAUAGUUUUAACGCCAUGCAAACUUUCAAGGAACAUGAUAAUUCAGUUGAUAGGUUCUUGAGCUUGCGGAAAGGUUCCCUGAACUGGGAAGGCAAACUUGGGAGAGGGCAUGAGUGGAAAAAUAGCGAGCCUUGGGAAUUUUUGAGGAUGAAAAGGAAAAAAGAAAAUAUGAAAAUGAAAGCAGCCAAAUGAACGAUGCAGUUGAAUAGAUAGAAAGUAUACCCUCAGUGACUCCAUGCACAGUGGACUUGAUUAAAUAUUAACCAUAACCAUUCCAUCAUGCAUAAACAAAACAGUAACCUCGCAGAAAAUGUUCCCAUGCUCCCUUGGAGUUCCGAAAAUUAAAAUAUUUAUCCACCGUGGGAGAGAGGAGCCCAGCAAGGGAGAUUGACCCACGGCCACAGGACGUUAUAUUUAAAAGAGCCAUGUCAAUACCGCAUUACCUCCUGUCCUUCUUUGAAAGCCCCUGCGUAUUCUAUAUAUUUAUCUAGAACAAAAAAUUUCUCAAACUCUUUCGAUUUUUUCAAUUAGCAUUGUUGCUGGGAAAAUCCUCAUUUCUCGUGGUUAGUUUUAAAGGAACUUCUAUUCCAGGUAUGUUUAAUUUAUUUUUAGAGGAUAUAAUAUACUAUGACCAGACAGGGUUCGUACAGAACUUGAAAGUCCUUGAAUGUCCUUGAAUUUGAAAACAAAAAUUCAAGGCCUUGAAUAUCCUUGAAUUUGUAAAGAAGUUCUUGAAAGUCCUUAAAUUUUUCUUGCUUUUGCUUUUCGAUAUUGUUCAGAAUUGUUUGACAUUCAAAACGGACAUUUUGUUGGAUUCAUUUUGCAUGUUCAUAUCUGACAAAGCUGUUUGAAACUCAUUAAAGUUGCGUUUUGAACAAUUCAACAUCAGAUUUACUGAUUUCUAACCCCUUUCCUUCAGUAUUUUAUUUGCCUCUCCUGUUACCUCCCUGAUCACAUGACCAUAUAUUGUCACAGUGUCUUCAAUAAGCACCAUACAAAAUAUAUAAAAUGUAUUCAGUACCGAUGUGACUUUUUCUGUGCAAAUUAAAGAAGCCUGAUUAUCUUCAUACCAGCCUCGUACCCAGGCGCUUUGAAUUGCUACGCUGUCGCGUGAAGAGCACGCGGGACGACACGCAUUCUGGGUACGAGGUUGUCUUUACAAAGUCACUGUAAAAAUCAGAAUCAGCCGACAAUGAAAAUAUGUUGAAAAUACAAUGUAUAUGAAUACUUUGAAGUCUGUAAUAGAAUGAAACAUAACUAUGGAUUGAUUGCCAACGGCAAGUUGGCAACGUCCGGUUUCAUAUAUAUUUUUAUAUAACCCAUGCCUUACGGCAAGUAUUCAAUAAUCAGUGAUGAUCGGAAAUAAAAUUCCGGUUUUACCACUGUUCGCCAUUUAACAUUGUAACCAUAUUCAGAUCGCUAUUUUAUCUAACCACAAAUUACAACCUGUUAUCCAUUUUUCAAGAUAUCGUGUUCUUACACAUAUGAAAUGAGACCGUUUGUUGAUCUAUUAUUGGAAAUGACGCUACUUAAUGACUCCUGGCAAAAACAUCGCGUUGUCAAUAUUUUAAAAGGUGAGUUUUUAAAAUUAAAUGACCGUAGCUGGGUCAAGGUAUGGGUGUACACCCUAGCACCGGACCGUAGGCGGAUCUAAAAGUGUGGUGUAUUCCUCAGUAAACAACGUAAAAUAAAAGUUUUAUAUCGCUUUUUCAACCUUCUACAAUGUUGUAAAAUGCGGAAAAUAUAGCUUUGCACAACCUCGUACCCAGGGUCUUUCCUCUUGGGGAGCAAAGACCCUGGUAGACGCUGGUCACGUGAUCUGCUAAAAUCUAGCAGAUUUCUAAUUAAACUAUCUUGGUUUUCUUUACGACAAUCAUACAAGAUGCAAAUUAUAAAUUAAACUAUCAAAAUAAUCCAAAUAUCAAAUGUUUAUCGACCUGAUGUUGGAUUGCUAAUUAAAAAUCUGCUAGAUUUUAGCAGAUCACGUGACCAGCGUCUACCAGGGUCUUUGCUCCCCAAGAGGAAAGUCCCUGGGUACGAGGUUGAGCUUUGCAAAGUUCGCAAAUGUUGCAUACUUUUGUAUUGGGUGCGGAAAUUGCUACCCCAUUUGGACCGAAAAUGGUAGCAAUUUCCGCACGCAAUAUAAAAGUAUAUACAAAAUUUGCAAACUUCGCAAGGCUAUAUUUUCCGCAUUUUACAACAUUUCGCAACCAAACUUUGCAAUUGCAUGUACUCAUUUUAGUAUGCUCUUUCUAGCUGUGGUGAUUUAUUUGCAUCUCCUUGCCUAGUUUUAAAAUCAGUCUAUAAAAAUGGGAAUUGUGUAUUGGAUCCAGUCUUAAGAUUAGAUAGAUAAAAUUUUGAUCAAGGAGGAUGAGACGCCAUUUCGAAACAUUUAAAAUCCAAUUCUGUCCUCAUUUUUGGAUUUGCAUUAUUAACGUGUUAGAUUUCUCUGGAAAAGUUGCUUAUGGAUGAAAUGUAGUAAAAAAUUUUCGCAGAUGUUUCUCGUUAACCAUGCUAACUCUACUUAUAGAAAUUUUAUAACGUGUUAGUUAUGAAUAUACGUGUUAAUUAAUUGCAGGAUGUGAUGGAAAAGAUGGUUUAUUUGAUACAAUUCAAAGAUCAAAAAGCCACUACCAUAAACGUGUUUACCAAUGCAUCAAAUUUCUAGUCUCAUUGUUUAGCAAGUAAGUAAAUUGUAAUUUUCAACUGAGUAUUUAUAUGACUUUAUGUACGAUACAAGUCAAUUUUCUUGUCUAACAGUUGAAUAUGGUGUUGUCAGGCAAAUCAUUAAACACUACCUUUCAUCUUUCAGUUGCCAGAUGGCUCAUCAAAUUGUGCUUGAUUCACCUGAUUUCAAACCAAAAUGGACUGCUGCUGUUGAAUGGCUUAAUGACGAGCUUGAAAGGGUAAACAUAUAUAUCUCAAACACGGGGGUCCAAUGUAGGUAGUAUUAAAUAAUAAAUUGCAGUAGUUUGUCUGAACUUCCUGGAUUAAUUUCUGUGAUGAAAUCCCGAUGUCGUAAAGUUCCUUGUAGAAGAUUUCUCAUAUCCAUGUUUUUUCAAGCACAAACUACGGCACCUUAAUAAAUAACAAAUAUAGUUUAAAAAGACAUAUAGUUUAAAAAGAAGGUACAUAAAAUCAAGUCACUGGGGUUUAUACAGUAACAGAAAUAUAAUUAAGAAAUGUUGCUUCCAUGACUGUUAUAUUACUGAUUUGGGUAAAAGCAAUAGCAUAUUAAACUAGUAAUAUAUCUAACUCAUAUAACGGUUUGCAGACCGAGAAGUACAUGCCUGACUAUAACAUGCAUUACUCUGUCCAAGGCACCAUCCGAAUUUGUUUAACUGGCUGGUAGACUACUGUAUUAGGCCAGCAAACUGGAGAUACGAGUUCAAACCCCAUGUGAGACUCGAGAAUGUUUUCAUUUCAGAGACCGUUUGGUGCAUCAAACGCUUACCCGUACAAUAACUGGUCACCGCCUGCUCAAUCCAAUGAAACUUCUAAUGGGUAAGUGAUCAGGUUCACAAUGUAGAUUAAUGAUAAUGUGCUUGCAUAUAGCCACGUCUCACUUUAUAUAUAGUUGCUCGUAGUUUCUAUGUGUACCAUCCCACUACGUUGCAACGACAUUCUUGCACCUAACAUGACAUACAAUGUUGUGUACGACGUGUUAGAUACAAUUUAAUGAAAUGAGAGGUUUAAGCCGAGGGACGGUGGGUGCAGAGAGGGGCAACUUGCUCCAGAACUGGCCUACUCAACUUGAUAGCAGUCCUCAGUUGCAGAGUGCGCCGAAAACACAGCGGACCAUCGCUAAGGUUGGGACUCUUGCAUGCCCAUUUCUAUAUUGAGACUCAUCUAGAGGGGUGCUUCCAUCUAGAGGGGUGCUUUGCAAAGAAGGUUGACGAGAUUCAACAAGUGCUGAACUUAAUAAUGUCAAUGCAAUAUGUAUAACUGAGACACGGUUGUCUCCAAAUGUGCCAGAUUCCUCUGUAGUUAUCCCAGGAUACAAUCUAUUUCGGAAAGAUCGAGUGAAUACAACAGGAGGAGGAGUGUGCAUUUAUUUAAAUAAUACAAUUCCCUGUAAGAGGCUAGAGCAAUGUAACGAAGAAGGAGUUGAAUCUGUAUGGAUUUCAAUGAGACCCUAUUGUUUACCAAGGAAUAUAACAUCCAUAAUACUGUCAGUAAUAUACCAUACGACCUCUAAUCGCGAAUCUGAGAAUAUUAUUCUCCGACAACAUAUUCAACGUAACCUUGACAACCUAUUAGCUAAUCAGCCAAAUGCGCUUGUAAUAGUUACUGGCGACUUUAAUCCAACGUCAACUGGAUUGAAGUCGAAAGAUUUGCCUCAAACAAAUCAUCUCAAACAACUUGUCACUUUUAAGACAAGGGAUUCUGGUAUCCUGGAUUGGUUUCUGACAAAUCGGACUGGGUUAUUUGAAUUGUCUCAGUUACCUAAAAUGGCAUCCUCCGAUCAUUUCACAAUACUGGCGAAACCACUUCUAGGACCUAAGAAGAACAAAGUAACUAAAAAAAUAUUUCUCGUGAUAUGAGGGAUAGUGCCUGGCGUGAGUUUGGUCGAUGGAUAACCCAGAAAGAUUGGAACCCAGUCCUUAAUACUUCCUCCUGUGAAGAUAAGUUCCAACUAUUCAUCACAGAGUUAAAGCAAGGUGUCGAUUGCUAUCUCCCACAAAGGACAGUAAAAGUUCACCAAACAGAUCGCCCAUGGAUGACAAAUAAACUCAAGAUAUGGAUCAGAAAACGCCAAACCGCAUUCCAAAGACAUGGUAAAAACUCGUCCGUAUAUAAACACUGGAGGAAUAAAAUGCAAAGGGAAAUUAAAGCGGCCAAGUCACAUUAUUAUAAACAUAAAGUUGCAGAACUGGGACAUACUAACCCCCGGAAAUGGUGGAAACAAAUAAAAAGUCUUAUGGGACAAGACAUUCAACAGGAGUGGCAUUAUCAAUUUCUUGGUGACAAUGGGAAUGUUAAGAUACUCGCAGAUAGAGUUAAUGACUACUUCUUGAGCAUAACUGAGAACUUUUCACCGUUAUCGCCUCUUUGUCCAACUCGGCAUGUCCCAAACGAAUUCUUUGUUUCCGAAGCAGAGGUUUAUCGAUCAUUGUCAUCUCUACAAGUAGCCAAACUGUUGGACCGGACGAACUCCCAAAUAAAGUAUUAAAGGAAUUUGCUACGGAGCUUUCUCCGGUCAUUCAGGAUAUUUACAAUCAGUCCAUUAAGGAAGCAUAUAUCCCAGAUUUACUUAAAUCCUCAAUUAUAUCUCCCGUACCGAAAGUAACCCCACCACAAUCAACUGAAAGCGACUUACGUCCAAUAUCCCUAACAUGCAAUUUGGCUAAAAUUAUCGAGGGAUUUUUCUGUAGGAGACUUCUAUCACAGCUGACACGAAAAAUUGACCCCCGUCAGUUUGUUCGUAAGGGUCACUCCACUACGGAUGCACUACUAUUUUUGCUUCAACCCGUCUACGAGGCCCUCAUAGCGGAAAUGCUUGUGCUCGUUUCUUUUUUGCCGACUUUAGCAAAGGGUUCGACCGUAUUGACCACCAUGUUCUCAUGCAGGAGCUGAUGGAAUUGGAUAUUCAUCCUUAUGUAAUUGGAUUAACGCUUUUCUUUCAAAUAGAAAACUGGCUGUCAGAAUAGGGGGGACUUUGUCAGACUGGAAAUCCCCAAAUGGUGGUAUACCUCAGGGAACUAAACUUGGUGUUAUUCUUUUCUCGGUUAUGACAAAUAAGCUAAUAUCUGACUGGCAUUUAAGAACAAAGUUUGUCGAUGACACAGCUGCGCUAGAGAUCAUUCCCAGGAACUCAAUUAGUUAUCUGAACCAUACGGUAGAUGAAUUACAUCAAUUCUCUGUAAAUCAUAACAUGAGUCUCAACCCACUUAAAUGCAAGGAGAUGGUAAUUAAUUUUAUGAAUAAUAACAACUCCAUAAUGAGGCCUUUUGUAAUAGGCAGCAACGUAGUAGAAAGGGUAACCAAUUAUAAAUUACUUGGAGUUCAAUUGAGUGAGGAUCUCAAGUGGAAUAAACAUGUUGAUUAUAUCUACAAAAAAGCUUGUAAGAAGCUAUAUUCCCUCCGCGUACUUCGUAGAGCUGGCGUUGAGCAAAGGAAAAUACUAAAAGUGUAUCUAACUACUAUCAGACCCGUAUUGGAAUAUGCUGUUCCAAUAUGGCAAGCGAUCCCUGACUAAAUAAGUGAAAGGAUAGAAUCAAUACAGACAAGGGCACUUCGAAUCAUCUUCCCUUCCAUAGACAAUUAUAAUGAAGCGAUGAUGAUGGCACAGAUACCAACAUUGGAGAGCAGACGCGAACUGUUAUGUAAAAAAAUAUAUGACUAAAAUGAAGGAGGAGGAUCAUCCCCUGCAUUUUAUGUUCCCAAAACAUAAGAUGAGCGAAUGCAGGUAUAGCCUACGAAAUGGGCAAGACAAUACUAUUUUAUUUAAGAACACAACCAAAUGCAGAACUUUAAGAUCCGAACAAUUUUUUACCUUUAAAUAUUUUUAAUGUUCAUACAUAGUUUUAACAGUUGUAUGUAUUCAUGUAAAUAUAGUUUUAGUAAUACUUUGGACUCGUUAAUUCAGUGUAAAUAUACUGCAAGAGAGUUUCAGUAAACAUCAAUUAUAAUUUAACAGUUUGCCAUGCAGCGUUCCGCCAUAUCUAUCGGCCGCUUUUGCAUCUUGUUGUGCUUAACCAUUUGCAUUAUUCGGUGGAUCAAUCCAGAAAACUAUGCAAGUUUCCCCACGUACAGAUCGAGUCAUAAUUUAAAAUAAUAUUUGGGUAUACUAAUUGCUAUAUAAAAUAAGAAAAACGUUAAAAUUAUAUUUGACUUGCCAGUUAUUCAGAAACGAAUAUAAGUCUUGGAAACUGGAAUUGAAUUUGACUUAUCCAUUGCUUAAGCCAACCGGGCAUCGUAUAGUUGGCUCCAGAUUGGAAUGGUAAAGAAAGUGUAAUGCAAAGUUAAAAUUAUUAUACAAAUAAAUAUUUAGCAAUAUUCUUAGAUUUUUUAAGAAUGUUCAGUAAUAACUCAAUUUUUCUUAUCUAGUGUUUUCCUCGAACGAUCUCAAAGUGCAAGAUUAACGUUACAAAAGGCUUUUGAGUUUGUUCCUGAAGAGGUAGGAAAAGUUUGUGUGAACGAGGAGGGUUUGAUCCAGGGCAACAGAUUUUUAUGAGCAUCCCUUCUGCUGCACUUGUAACUCCACCUAUAUGUAAUCUGUCUAAUGGAAAGUUCCAGUGAACUUGGGGUUUUUAUUGUACCUUUUGUUUCAUUGCACGUUUCCAUGAGUUUGAAACUUGUUUGUUGGAUUGUUGUCAGUGUGUAUAUAUUUUACAAUUUUCUCAACAAUUUAUUUUGGUGUUAUAUAAAACAAAUAUUGGAUGUUUUUAUUUGUAGCAGAGUAUUUUCAUUGGAUGAAAGAAAUGGAACAGUUCCAUGCAUCUUUUACCUCAUGAAAAAACUCUUACCAUUGUACUCGUAUAUAAACAUUUAUUAUUUCUAUACCAUGGGGAAUGUACUUGAUAUAAUUAGGAAUCUCACUUAUAUUCAUUCGUUCGUUUCAAUUUUUGAUCAUUUACGGAGCUAGGAUUAAUAUAUAUAGAGAGAGUAUAUAUAGGACUGGCGAUCUAGGUGUAAAACGAGCGUGUAGUUUUUAUUAUCUAAAUCAAUAAAUGUAAGAAAAUUUUAUUAUUUUCUAGGAACAAGAAGAAACGGAAGUCGAAGAAGUAACAGAGAGUGAAAUAACUGAAGAGGAGACGUCGCCAGAACGACAAUCUAACGUCGCUGCGAACCAAUCAAUAUCCAGUAUUUCUGGCCAAUCAAGUUCAACUCAUCCUCUGAGUACUGACCAAUCACUGGAUGAUGAUGAUCCGAGUUUAGAUGAUACUGAGAAACAGGAUAACGAGGUUAACCCAGAAAAAUCUGAUUAAAGAAUCGAUAUGAUCAAACGUAGUGUUCAGAAUGAGCUCUCGCGUAGUGAAUAUACGAAAAAACUCUGGUUUAAUCAAAGUACAGUGCUAACUACUCCGGCUCAUUUUACUCUCAACAUUAUAGAUACUUACCGAGAGUGCAUUUGAGACAACUUGAAGUAACCUAAAUGUCAGCCAAUUCAAGAUUUUGUUUCAUAUGCACUUAAAUUUGGAAAGUGUUUAUUCUAAAUUUCAUUGUGUUACUAAAACUUUAUAUAGAAGGCUCUUUUGCUGUGAUAUGGCUUGAAUUCUAAAUAUGCUCACAGAGAUUAAACAUAAAAUAAACACCUUUGUACAGUCGUUUCUGUCAAAUAUUGUUUACAAUAUAGUUUGCAUAAUAUUUUUAAAAUGUCGGUUUAUACAAUAGAAAUUAAAUAAUCAUUUUAU